AUGGCUUCGGCUUUACCUGCCUCCAAUACAUCCAUGAGAUCUGACAGGAAUACAUAUGUUGGAAAAAGGUUUUUUCAUGUUAAAAAUCCUCACUUGGAUUCUAUGAAUGAAGAUCUCUAUCACUUGGAUUUGGGAACAAAACAGACAACUUAACCAGCAAUGUUUGGAGUCAUAAAAUUUACCUGCCUCGGUGGGAGCUCCAACCAAACGAAAGCAUUUGCACUGUUUAUGCAUGAGGAGCUUGGAUUGGAGGAAGGUGGAGAAGACAUAAAAGAUAUCUGUGCUGGGACAGACAGACAUUGUAUGUACAAACCAGGACCACAUUUGACGGUCUCUCAUGGCACCGGCAGCCCCUCCCUUCCUACGUCACGAACUCGUCACGCCUCACGGUGCUGUGACGCCACCAUGGUCAGAAUGGGUACCUCAGGGGGAAUCGGGAUUGCUCCUGGGUCUGUCGUAAUAACGGAUACAGCCACAGACUCCUUCCCCAAGCCCAGGUCUAGACAGGUGAUCUUGGACGCUGUCACCCGUAGUGCUGAACUUGACAAGGACCUGGCUGAAGAAUUAUUCAACUGUAGCAAAGAAAUCUCCAGCUUCCCAACCCUUAUUGGACAUACAAUGUGUACCUAUGAUUGUUAUGAAGGCCGAGGUCGGUUAGAUGGAGCACUGUGCUCCUUUUCUAAGGAAAAGAAGUUAGAUUGCUUGAAGAGCGCGCAUAAAGCUGGCAUCAGGGAUAUUGAAAUGGAAUCUACAGUGUUUGCAGCCAUGUGUGGACUUUGUGGUCUAAAAGCUGCUGUGGUCUGUGUGACACUUCUUGACAGACUUGACUGUGACCAGAUCAACUUGCCCCAUGAUGUUCUGUCACACUACCAGCAAUGGCUUCAGUUCCUAAUCUCCAAUUUCAUCAAACAGUGGCUUGGACUUCAUGACCAGAUAUCAUAACUGAGCCUCCGAACUCUCCCUCAAAAAUUUGUAGCUCAAGUUGUAAUGUGAAAGUCAUAUCAUUUGUGGCAUCUUCAUAUAGUUCUCAUUCGCAUUUUAAACUCAUAAUGGAGAGAUUUUAUGAAAUCCUUUCCUCUUAAAAAAGAAAUUUAUUGCAAAAGAAUUUAAUAUACACAUUAAAUUAAAUUCAAAUUUCAUUUUAGAAUAAGUUAACUAAAUCAGUCUAAUAAUUAAAAUUUUAAAACUCCUGGAUUGUGAC